AUGAUAAAACUGACCGGGAUGUACCAUCAGCUAUCACUGCCUUAUCAGAAUCCUGAAACGGGUAAACUGAAAAUCUCUGUCAAUCCGGUCUUACAAAAAUUGCCUUGGCAACUGCCAAAUAAGCAAAAAGAGAUGGUGUUCACUUUCCCAGGUACAAAUCGACAGCGCAUCGCUGUACCUAGUAUAUUGGUACCUUUACGAUUACCUCAACAGUCGCAGGUGUUAAAGUUAUUUACUGGAGAACGUAUGUUGAAAAUCCGCAGGCAUAAGAUGAGGAAACAUAAGCGUCGAAAACGCUAUGAUCGAGAUUAUUUUAAAUAUCAAAAAUAUCAUCGGCAAAAAAAAGCCAAAGCGGAAAAUCUGUUCCGAUAUCGUAUGCACAAAAUGCUGGAGGAUUAUAAAACAUUUGAUCCUGAGAAGUAUGUCAAGGAUAUCAUAGCUUGUGCAAAACAGGAUGUGACAAAAGAUGUGUCGCUAAGCGGUCGACGAAAAUAUCCACAUUGGUCUACGCUAAUUACUCUGGAAGAGCUGUAUGGAUUACCUGAGAGUGAUUAUAUUGAUAAAAAAGCUGGACUGGCAGGAGAGGAAGAUCGUGAAAAAAUUAGGCAAAUGAAGAAGGAAUAUGAUGAAAAAUAUCGUGGAUUUUUAAAUCGUUCUAGUUGUUUACAAGAGAAACAAGAAGAAGGACAGGAUUCUUUGGAUGUUUCAUCAAAGAUGCAGGAAAAAAAAAUAAUCAAUAGCAGUAUAAAUUCGGAAAAAACUGCUUGCGAAGUUGAUAAGGCUGAAAAUGAUGAUAAUAUUAAGAGUUGA